AUGACAAUACGCAAGCGUCGCUCGGUCCCCGAUGCCAGCGAAAGUAUCGAGCCCAUGCCAGCUAGCGCUCCCCUGCUCGUUCCAAAAGCCGGUGGACUCACGAAAUUUAUGACGCGCGUAGUCAUGGGCUUCGCUAUGAUCGGCGGGUUCGUCGCGAUUCUGUACGGCGGCCACAUGUACGCGUGGGGACUCGUUGUCGUGCUCCAGACGCUGCUGUUCCGUGAACUGGUGAACGUGCGCUAUCGAGCUGCAGCGGAGAAGAGCAUCCCGUGGUUCCGCUCGGUGCAGUGGAUGUGGUUUGUCGUCGCGCUCUUCUACAAUUACGGCGACUCGUUUGGCGCGUUCAUUGAAAGCAGCAAGAUCCGGGUUGUGCCGCCUGCAAUUGUGCACUAUCUGCGGUAUCACACGUGGGUCUCGUUCACAAUGUACGCGCUGCUCUUCGUCAUGUCGGUGCUGAGUCUGAAGAAAGGAUACUACAAGUACCAAAUGGGACAAUACACAUGGACGAUCGUGACACUGGGUCUGAUCGUCUUUCAGAUGAAAUACGUGCUCACGAACAUCUUUAACGGUCUGUUCUGGUUCGUGUUCCCCGUUUCGGUGGUGGUCUGCAACGACUGUUUUGCAUUUUUCUGCGGGAAACUCUUUGGUCGCAAGUUCAUUAAGACACCGUUCCUGCGCUUGUCUCCAAACAAGACGUGGGAAGGAUUUAUCGGUGCUCUUUUGUGCACCAUCGUGUUUGCCUUUUUCUUCAGCGCUUUCAUUUCUCAGUUUUCAUGGCUUACCUGCCCAGUCGAGAGCUUUGAGUUUAAGCUGAUCCCCGACCCACUUACGUGCACUCCUCACGACGUAUUUCUUUCGCACUCUUAUGACGUGCCGGUCUUUAUCGCGCGUGUAAUCAACCGUAGCCAGAUUCAGCUUCUUCCGAUCCAGCUCCACUCGUUCUGGUUCGCGAUUUUCGCAUCGAUCAUUUCGCCCUUUGGCGGGUUCUAUGCAUCAGCGAUCAAGCGCACAUAUCACCUGAAAGACUUCGACUCGGUUAUUCCAGGCCAUGGUGGUGUCAUGGACCGGAUGGAUUGCCAGCUUAUCACCAAUUGCUUUACGACAGUCUACUUUAACACUUUCAUCCGGUCGCAGAUCCCGUCCGUGGCGAUGAUUUUGAACCUCGUGGCAAAGUUGACGGUCGAGCAGAAGCAAGAUGUGCUGCAGGCCAUUCAGGAGAUGUUGCAAAGCUGA